AUGUCUGAUUCCAGCGAAUCGUCGUUCAGUUUUUUAAUUAACUGGAAAUUUGGUUUAGCCGUAUCCGUUCCGUGUUUCGCGGUGGGUCUGGGCGUAACUUGGUACUAUUAUUUCAAAACACUCUCUAAUACUGAACUUUUGGACAAACUGGCCGUGACUACAAGUAUUGCUAAAAAAGAUAACGUUCAAAAACCGCCCGAAACCAACAAAAUCUAUCAGAAAGCCGUCCAAACAAAGGUUGGUACUUACCAAUUUUUUUUUUUUUUUUAGAGAAUCUAGGUUAAACAUAAGUGAACACGGUUUCAAUAAAAUAAUAUAUUUAAAAAAUACAUUAUAAAUACCUAAAUAGUAUAGAAUUGAUUCUUUUUUCCUCAGACACUAUUAGAAGGGAUCGAAAGUAUAAAAAAAGUGGGAAAUAUAGAAUUUUCAAAAGGAAAUUAUGAUGUUGCCAUAACAUAUUAUACACAUGCAAUAUUAAUGUGCCCAAGAGCAGAGGAAAUAGUUUUAUCAAUUCUGUUUCAAAAUCGAGCUGCUGCUUAUAAUAAAUUGGUAGGUAAAUUAAUGACUUUGGUCAGUUUUGUCAAGAAAAAACUGGUUUUUCUUUAAAUUUAAAUUAUAACAAUGGUAGUUAUUGUUUAUAUUAUAUUUUCAGAAUAAUAAUGAAAAUUGCUUGGCUGAUUGUAACAAAGCUCUGGCAUUAGUACCAACAUACAAAAAAGCGUUAUCUCGAAGAGCCAGAGUACUUUCAGAAUUAGGCAACUUUAAACUCGCUUUAGAAGAUAUUACAGCUGUGCAAAUGUUCGAUGAAUAUAAAAAUCAAGAUGACCUAAUAUUUGCAGAUAGUGUAACCAGCAGUUUAGGUGAUUACAAGAAUAAUUGUUAAUUUCUACAAAUAUUUGAAAUUGUAUAUCAUAAGUUAAUAUUAAUUUUUAGCUUAACUUUUUCCCUUAAUAUAGAACUAAAAAAUUUUUUUAUAAUAAAAAUUAGUUGUAAAAUUAUAAUUGCAAGAUUAGUUGUUAAUUUCAUUGAAAAUUGUAUUUAUACUAUAAUUUAAAAUUGUUUUUCAGCCAAGCAGAAUAUGGAAGAAUACAUAAAGGGCAAUCCUUUGAAUUUACCAUCAAAAACGUUUAUUGAUAAUUAUUUGAAAUCUUUCUGUGAUGUUCCAUUUUCUGACGAAUUUGCACUGACAUUAUUAAAAUCAGACAUAAAGUAAAUAGUAUUUAAUAUAAAUCAUAAUAUGCAUUUAUUAUCAUUUAAAGAUAAAUAAAUAGUUCUUAUUACAUAUGAUAAAUAUAUAAUACAAUGCAUGUAUUAAUUAAUUUAGUACAGGUUUGGAGUAUGCAUUAAAAUGUAUUCAGAAUCAAAAAUACGAAAACAUAGAAAAUGCGUGUCAAGAAGAAUUAAAGAAAACUGAUAAUAGUUUGAUUCGUAGAAGUUUGGCAUUAAACUUAUUAGCUACUUUUUGUAUACUGCGUGGGAAUAUUGUUGCUGGCAUUGAACAUCUUACUACUGUCAUCGAAAAUCUAAAUGUUCCUAACAAGGUAUAAUAAUAAAGUUUAUCUUUUUAUUGUUGUAAUUAAAAGAAAUAUCAUUUAUACAAAUUAUGGUUGGGCAAUUACAUCACAACAGAUAUCACAACUUGGAAGAUAACAUAUCACUUAAUAUGUAAAAUUGAUAAAAUACUUUAACUAUCUUAUUUAAACGUUUGAUAUCUUAUUUAUUGGAGCAUUUUAUUUUUUUAUUUUUUUUUUUAUUUUAUUAAUGUAGUUAUAUUUUUAAUAGUUGAUCAUAAAUUCUUUAAUAAAACGAGCAAUUGGUUAUCACCAACAAGAAGAAGUUGACAAAUGUUUUGAGGAUUUCAAACGGGCUGAAGCUAUUGAUCCCAAUAGUUCUGUAAUAUAUCACCACAGAGCUCAAGUAAUAUAUAAAGCAUAAGAAAACACUUUUAAAAAAUCAUUCUAUGGAAACAAAAAUCAUUGAAUUUUUUUUAGAUCUACUUAGAUGAAAUGUACACUGAGAAAGCGGUUGAAGAUUUCAAAAAAUCUAUGGAAUUAAAUCCAAAAAUUGUUUUGUAUAUUGUUCAAUAUUAUUUUGCUCAAUACCGUCAUGCCAAAAAAGUAUCAAAUGAAUUAGAUAUUGAAAAAUUCUUGGGAAAAUUGAAAGGAUUUGUGAUUAAAUACCCAAAUAUUGUAAACAGUUAUACAUUUUAUGCCCAGGUAGAAAAAUGUAGUAUGAAAUGUUGUAGUUUUAAAAUUAAAUAUGUAUACGUUUAGGCUCUGUCAGAAAAAGGAGCUUAUGAAGAAGCAGAUUUAUUGUUGAAAAAAGGGACAGAAAUUCAUCCAAACAACGCCUCUUUUUUAAUACUUAGAGGUAAUCUUAUGUUCUUUGAUUUCAAAAUUCUCAGGGUUAGUGUAGGUAGCAUAGUAUUACCUAUAAAAUGUAUAAAUAACAAGAAAUUUUAAAUAGGAUGUAGAGAUUAAUUUUCUCUGUUUUUUUUUUUUAUCACUUAGUAACUAUGAUAUACAAUGGAUUUUUUAUUAAAUUUUCAAGAAUUUUUGUUUAGUCCAAUGAUUUUUUCCACAUAGUACUUAUCAAGUAAAAAUUACAUUAAAGGUUCAUAUAAUUAAAAUGCCUGUAUAUAGCUCAAAAUUUGAAAUGUUUUAUUACCCCUAAAAAAAAAAACUUAAGUUUUUUGUCAUAAUUUCUUGUCUGAAUAUUUUUAAUAAGUUGAAAGUAAUUAAACUAUUUUUGUACAAUUUUGUGUUCUUUCCAUGAUUUUUUUCGGUUUUACUUGAUUCUUAAUAAACUACAGGGAAUAUCAAAAAAAGGUUUUUGUACUCACCAACUAAUUAAAAAUGGCAUAAAAAAAGUUGGUAGUUUUUCUAUUGGAGCAAUAUCUCUGGUAGAAAACAUACUGUAAAAUGUGAAAAUAAAGGAAUGGUAAUGGUAUAAAUUUAUCAGUUUUCAGUUUUGUCUUUUUAGGUUAUUUCCUAAUUAUUAUGAAAAUCUCUUGUAAAUUCAAAAAAUGACCUCUCUAAUGCACCAACUAGCUAAAAUUUAGUUUAAAAAAUGCCCUACUCUUGGUAAGUUAAAUUAUGAUUUCUUUUCAAAAAGGUGUUUAAUGACCAAAAACAAUACAUAAUAAAACCAAUAGAUAUCUUAUUACACUCCAAAUCUAAAAUGCUGAAAAACAUAUUUAUAGUGCCAAAUCACCAUUAUAGAUAUAUACAAUUUUAUUGAUUGAACAAAUUCUUCUUAUAUUAAAAUGAAAAGAAAAAUUUUGAUAAGGUUUCUAAAUUAUCGAAUUACACCAUAGACAAAUGUGACUAGAGUAAAGUUACAGGGGUAGAUGGAAUAGAGUGGGUAUGUCAAUGCCAAAUAAUCAAUAUUUUAUUAACUACUCUAACCAGUAAGUUUUUACCUUAUAAUUAUUAUUAAAGUAGUCUGACUUCUUAAUAUUGUUGUUUACUUUCAUGUGCUUGUAUUAUACAAUUGUUUGCUAUUAAUAUUUAAAAAUAUUAAAAAUCAAUAUAUAACAUUAACCAUAUUUAUAUUUACUAGUAAAAAAAGUAUAGAAAACUAUAGAUAAAUGAGGUAAAAUUGAAAAAAGAAUUAUUUUCUAUAAUAUGGAUAUAAUACAAUUCAGUAUUUUAUAGAAAAUAUCCUGGAAAAUUGAGGGAUUUUGAAAUCUAACAUCUAUAGCAACCCUAACUCUACCUUUCUGUAUAAAUUAACUAGCUUACAACAAAUUAAUUGUUUUGUUUUUCAGCAUUGAACUUAUUAUCUUGGAAAAAUAGUAUACCUGAUGCAUUUAAUCUCCUUGAACAAGCAUUAAACAUUGAUCCAAAAUAUCUUCAUGCGUAUAAAACACUUGGAUUACUUAACAUGAGAAUGUAAGAUAUUAAAAAAAAUGUAUAUAUUUAUUAUAUAUUAUUUGUGUUUGUGUAUUUUAGUGAAAAAUUAAAAGAAGCUGUUGAUUAUUGGGAGAAAGCCAUACCUCUGUCUAAAUCAGAAAAAGAACUGUUAAAAAUAUUUUCGGUGAGGGAUUCAGUACUGGCCCAAUUAGCAGUAGUUGAACGUUUUGAGAUAACACUUCCUGAAGUUGUUUUGUUACCCACAAUACAAUGAAAACAAUAAAAAACAUUUAUCUCUAUUAUGGACAAGAUUAUAUUUUUUUUUUCUCUUUUUAACUUCCUGGUUUUUAGUAUAUUAAAAAGUACUGUCACCUUUUAUAGGGAUAGUAUUGUUUGAUAAUUAUUUUAUUUACUAUAAAUAUUGAGUUCUAUUAUAUUGACUAUCUUUGUUUAAUGAAUGUGAUCACUAAUUAUUUACAUGGGUUCGUAUAAACUAUUACAACCACUUUGAACACUGUUAAAAAUAUUAUUUCAUAUUUAUAUUGUUUAUUUAUUAAUGCCAAACAGAAAUUUUGUUUGUAGAUAACCAUAAUACAUACUUUAAUAUAUUGAGAUUAUUCAUGAAGAAAUAUUGUGGACAAAAAUGUUGAUUGUUUAAAGUUCUAAAAUAUAAAAAUAUAAAUGAAUAUGGGUAAUAGUAAUAGUUAAUAAUAAUAGAGCUGAAAGUUAAUUGAAUAAUUAUUCAUUCAAAUAAUCUUUAUUAUCAUGGCUGAAUAUAUUAUACAAUUAUAAUACAUUUAACCAUGUUUAUUAUUUAAUUCAAAUAAUACUACUAUCUAUAAAAAGAUUAUUCAAAUAAAUUAUUCAAUAGUUAGUAUAAAUAAUCAAAUAUUAUUUGAUAGUACAGUUUAUUCAUUACCACCAAUCACUAGUUUGUCUCUGUUGUAAAUUAGCAUAAAAUAUUUUAAGACUCAUAUUGUAAAGGUUGGAAAGGUAGUAGAGGGGAAAUUUAAUAUAUAACUAUAAGGAAUGAUUCUUUCUGAAAAAAUUCAAUAAAAUUCUUAACAAUAAUUCAAAUAAUGUAAAAAUUGCUUUUAAGACUAAUUAUAAUUUAAUCAAACAUACAAACAAUAUAACUAAAAGCUCCACAAAAUAUUCCCCUUCUUUUGAAAAUACUGGUUUAUUUAAAUUUAAAUGUAACUGUAAUAAAUUUUAUGUAGUUAAGACAAAUAGAAAUUUUAAAAUAAGAUAUAAAGAACACAUUUCUAAAAUAAAAUUUAAAAAGAUCGCCCCUAAUUAAAAUUUCUGGAUAAUACACCAGGUGAUUCAUUAAUUUAUUUUAUUUUGAUAUAUAAAUUUUGUAUUUAUAUAUUUAUUUAUUUUAUUUACAUAUACUAUUGAUAUACAAUAUGAAUAAGGUUUGUCCCAAAACACUUCUUUGUGGUACCUACUUCACAAGUAAUCAACAAGUCAUUGCCUGUAAUACCAUUUAUUUUGACUUUUUGUUUCCUUUUGACUAGAUAACUCUUAAACCAUUUUAAACUUGAAUUUUUUAUUAAAAACAUUUUAAUUUGUACAGUAAAAAACUAAAAAUAGUUUUUCUUUUAUUACUUGAUUUAAAAAUUUCUAUCAAUAUAAGUUGGAGCAAAAUUGUUGGUAGAAAAGUUGUGCACACGAAAAAAAGGCCGUAAUAUAUUUUAACUAAUACCGACAUUUCUUUUAUUUUCCCGUUUUUUUUUUCGGUUUUACAAAUUUUAAAACUCUUCAGAAAAUUAAAAAAUAACCACCAAUAGUACCUCCCCACAACAAUUCCCUUUCAGAAAAGGUGUUCUUCUGGUAGAAAAGUUGUCAACAUAUAAACAAAAUAAUAAUGAAUAAUAAUGAGAUUACAUCAUCAAUUUUUGCUAAGUAAAAAAGAAUUAUUUAGAAAUUGACACUAUAUUUUAAAUUCAGAUGAAAAUUUCAUUUUUGUAGGAGUUUACAUGUAUAGCCAGAAAUAAGCAGCACUGGCAUAGAAUAUAACUAUAAUGAAAAAAAAAACAAUGGAGAUCGGUAGAAAUACCUAAAUACCUAUAAGUUAGGUUAAUUCGGCAAAAUUAUUAAAAAUAUAAAUUAUAAGUUCUAUACAAAUUAUAUAAUAUAUUAAUAAUGAUGCAUCAUGUUCAUUGUAACUAUCAGUUUUCUCAUCAAAUGCAGAAAACCAAAAAAAAAACGGGGAAAAUGUACGAAAUAUAUUAGUAAAAUAUUACGAUUUUUUUUACUUCUUAACAACUUUUCUACCAGCAAUUUUUCCCAAUUUACAAUGAUAGCAUUUUUUCUGAAAUAAAAUCUGACUGGCAAGUUACCUUAGGGAAGUAAUUUUUCGAUUAUCCCAAGAGUUUUCCCAGCAAAUGUGAAAAAUAGAGAACAAAUAUGGGAAAACCGGGAAAAAACGUAGACAAAUGGGAAAAUCGGUACAAUAUUAAACAAAUAUUAUUAAAGAAAAUAUAUUUAAUUAUGUUUCUAUAAUAUGACAUACAUAUUAUUGCAAAUGACUAUCAACUAAACUCCGCUUAGAAUCGUUUUUAAUAAGCAAUAGUUUAUCUUUACUUACAAAUACAAAUUAAUUUCCCCUCUAUAUUCUACAUUCCCAACUACUCACUUACAAGUGGCUGCACCAUGAAUGUCAGUCUUUUUUUAGGUUGACUUUAAAAUACUUUUAAGUUAAUCAAUUAUACAUUUGAAUGUAGACAAACAAAAUUGGUAAAUAAAUUCGAAGGGAGGGGGUCUAUGUUCUAAGAAAUAGGGUUUUUUUUUUAUUAGCUUUGGGGUGCCUUUUAGUCAAAUCCUGCUCUGAGUGUCCCUGUACUGCCUUCAUACACUACUUGUGUAUACAAUUAUUAAUUACACUACUUAAGUGGAUGCCAUGUUUUUUGCCAAAUAUUACCUUUCUCGUUUUACCAAAAUCCUUUUUCGAAAAUAUAAUAAACUAGUUUUCUCUUUUUGCCAUAAUUAAAAUAAUUAAAUGCACUCUUUUCAACUACGUACCUUGAUCAACAUUUUAGGAGUUAUUUAUCAAAAUUAUUUACGUUUGAUGCUUGUUUAUUAAUUUAUUAUAACUUCAGUAUUUUUCAUUAGUUAUAUAAAAUAUUUUAAUAAAGCUAUUUAACCUAGUAAACCAGUUAUCUAAAGAGCACCUUAAAGAACAAAUAAACAAAAUAUAAUGUUAUAACUUAGACCAAUGCUUCUUAAACUGUGGUACACGUACCUCUUAGGGCUACUCGAAAUUUAGGGGUACAAGUUUGGCCAACAAACCUUUAAAUUAAAAUAUAGGAAAAAUCCGAUAAAAAUAAAACUAGUAUUUAAUCGUUUCAUUUGUCAUUGCCGGAAAUAAUAUCUUGCGUCGUUACCGUGAACAACGCGCGUGUGUAUGCGUUAUCGGCUUAUCGCGUGCUAUGAGAAUGAUAUACCAUAUAACCAGUAUAAUAUUAACGAUUAACUGGCACGUGUGUACGGACGUACACAAAUAUAAAUAAGACAUAUACAUGUCAAUAGAACACUGGUUAUCUUGUGGAAAUACCCAAACUAACGCAGUUCGUCUGCGGCGGUGAAAUAUCAACGUAAGCUGUAUCACUACAGUAGUAUUGCCUGUUAUUACAAGCUCGCUCACAGUAUUGUGUUGCGUAAUGUUUUGUGUUGUUAUGCAGAAACACAAUCCUAUUCAAACAAUUGUUCAGGCCUGUUGACUCCGUUUAUAGAAUUUUGUUUGAAAAAUCAGUACAGUACUUAAAUAUAAUAUAGUAAUUAUAUUAUUUUGUAUAUAAGUUAAAUAAUUAUUUUUAUUGUAAAAUCACUAUAAUUUAUAAUAAAAAUUAACAAUGGCUCAUAAAUAAAAAGCCUCGUGAGGAUGAUGAUCAAAAUCCUGGGCCAUCAACUUUACAAAAUAUAAGUAGACCUGAAUGUUUUGAUACUAAUGAGCAGCACAAGGGAAAAAUUAAAAAACUUGAAAAGUUGACAAAUGUCUUUAAAACUAAAAAAAGGAAAUAUGACGAGUUUUAUUUAAAAUUAGGUUUUACUUGGACUGGAAGCUUAGACGAGCCUAAUCUACAGUGCGUUGUUUGUUCUAAAAUAUUAUCAAACAAUUCUGUGAAACAAUCAUUUUUAAAACGCCAUUUAGAAAGUAAACAUACAAAUUUAGUAAAUGAGGAGUUACAGUACUUUGAACGUCUAUUAGAAGAUCUUAAAAAUAUGAAAAACUGCAUAAAACAGUUUUCUGCUGCAGAACAAAAUGAAAAGGCACUAAAAGCUUCUUAA